CAAGCUCCCACCCCUCCAGACACCACCCCUCCCCCGCUGACCCGGAGCUGAAAUCGCGCCUGGGCGCCGGUCUCUGGCGUCACUUCCGCCACCAGCAUGGCGACGCUGGGAGCAGUUGCAGCAGCGACUUCGGGACCUGUCGGGGAGGGCGAACCCGGGCCCGGGGAAAAUGUGGCGGUCGAAGGGGCUGCCCCAUCCCCGGGCCGCGUCUCCCCGCCGACUUCGGCGCGUGGCGAACCAGAAGUCACGGUGGAGAUCGGAGAAACGUACCUGUGCCGGCGGCCGGACAGCACCUGGCAUUCAGCGGAAGUGAUCCAAUCUCGAGUGAAUGACCAGGAAGGCCGAGAGGAAUUCUAUGUGCACUAUGUGGGCUUUAACAGGAGGCUGGACGAAUGGGUAGACAAGAACCGGCUGGCGCUGACCAAGACAGUGAAAGAUGCUGUGCAAAAGAACUCUGAGAAAUACCUGAGUGAGCUGGCCGAGCAGCCUGAACGCAAGAUCACUCGAAACCAAAAGCGCAAGCAUGAUGAGAUCAAUCACGUGCAGAAGACCUAUGCAGAGAUGGACCCCACCACAGCAGCUUUGGAGAAGGAACAUGAGGCGAUCACCAAGGUGAAGUAUGUAGACAAGAUCCACAUCGGGAAUUAUGAAAUCGAUGCCUGGUACUUCUCACCUUUCCCAGAAGACUACGGGAAACAGCCCAAGCUUUGGCUCUGCGAGUACUGCCUCAAGUACAUGAAAUACGAGAAGAGUUACCGCUUCCACCUGGGCCAGUGUCAAUGGCGGCAACCCCCAGGGAAGGAGAUCUAUCGCAAGAGCAACAUCUCUGUAUAUGAGGUGGACGGCAAAGAUCAUAAGAUAUACUGUCAGAACCUGUGCCUGCUGGCCAAACUUUUCCUGGAUCACAAGACACUGUACUUUGAUGUGGAACCCUUUGUCUUUUACAUCUUGACAGAGGUAGACAGGCAAGGGGCCCACAUUGUCGGCUACUUCUCUAAGGAGAAAGAGUCCCCAGAUGGAAACAACGUGGCCUGUAUCCUGACACUGCCCCCCUACCAGCGUCGCGGCUAUGGGAAGUUUCUCAUUGCUUUCAGUUAUGAGCUCUCCAAGCUAGAGAGUACUGUAGGCUCCCCAGAGAAGCCACUGUCUGACCUGGGCAAGCUCAGCUACCGCAGCUACUGGUCAUGGGUCUUGCUAGAAAUCCUGCGAGACUUCCGGGGCACACUGUCCAUCAAAGACCUUAGCCAGAUGACCAGCAUCACCCAGAAUGACAUCAUCAGCACCCUACAGUCCCUCAACAUGGUCAAGUACUGGAAGGGCCAGCAUGUGAUUUGUGUCACACCCAAGCUGGUAGAAGAACAUCUCAAAAGUGCACAGUAUAAGAAACCACCUAUCACAGUGGACUCUGUUUGCCUCAAGUGGGCACCCCCGAAGCACAAGCAAGUCAAACUCUCCAAGAAGUGAGUGGCCGAAGCUGCAGCUGGACCUGUGUCUCCUGGCCCGUAGCCUGUAAAUGUGUACAGACCUGUUUCAUCAUUUUUUAAUAAAGUAAAUUCUGCUGAUGGCUCUGG